AUGGAUAAUGAUUCUGAUGUAGACGAUGUUUUAAAUGAUCUCUUAGCUAACGAUGAUACAGAGGAAAAUCAAGAAUCACCACAAAAAGAAACUCAGAAAGAAAUUUUGAAGGAAUUAGACUUUAAUUUUUUAGACAGUACACCUAAAACUAAUGAUGAGAGUAAAUCUAUUGAUCAUCAGGAGAAAAGUGAAGUUUAUGAUGAUGGACUUGAUUCUUCGGAUGAUGAAGACAGGCGUUAUUUCGAGGAACAAAAAUAUUCUAAUUAUGGACGUGAUAUAAAAUCUUUAUUAAAGGAAAGUAUCAAAAAAGAUGAAGAGAGAUUACUGCCACGUGAAAGCAGUAAAACAUUUAAUUUUAGUGCAACGAAGAGCAGCAAAAAUGUAAAUACAGUACCAAAUAAUGCCACUGAAUCAAAAGAUGUUUACAGUGACCCAUUUUUUGGAUUGAGAAUCAUCAGGCCAGUAAUUUCUUCAAUGGAGCUGAAAGCACGUAUGAUUGAUAAAAUACCUGUAACAGUAUCGAAAAUAAAAUAUCAUCUGAAUUCAGAGAAAUCAGAAAAAGACUGGGUAAUUGCAGGAGUAUUAAUAAAUAAAUCUGCACCGAAAACUUCUCAAAAGGGAAGCACAUAUGCUAUAUGGAAAAUAAGUGAUUUAUGUGAUGCUAUGAAUACCGUGUGUCUUUUUAUGUUUAGUAAUGCAUAUAAAUCACUUUGGAAAACUACUGUUGGAACUGUGAUAGCUAUUCUUAAUCCAAAUGUUCUAGAAUCUAAAGACAAUACCGAUCUAGCAACAUUGUCAAUUGAUAAUCCUCAAAGAGUUAUGAUACUUGGUAAAUCUAAAGAUAUGGGGAAAUGCAAAUCUAAAAAGAAGAAUGGAGAAUCUUGUAAUUCUAUUAUAAAUAUUAGUCGUUGUGAAUUUUGUUUGUAUCAUAUCAAACAAGAGUACAAGAAAUGUUCUAAAAGAACAGAAUUGCAAGCAUUUAGUAAUAGUCAAAAAUUUUCAAUAGAUAUGUUAAAACAAAAAACACAGAAUAAACAAAAACCAUUUUUCAACAAUAUGCCCGAAUUCCAUGCUGUUGUUGCUGUAAAAAAUAAAAAAUUGGCAGAGAAAGAUGCUAAACGAUUAGCAUUACUUUCAGGAAGCCAGAAGACUAAUAAUUCAACUGAUAAAAGCUUAGAUGUAAAAGAUCAAAAUGGAAAAACAGAUAUAUUAGGGCAACAAAUAAAAAAAGACUUUGAACAAAUGAAUAAAUCUAGAGGUUGGAAAGCUACUGUAUUAUCUCAAACAUCUUCAAAUGACAAGACAUCCUUUUCAUCCACAUUAACACAAUUAAAUUCCUGUAAAACUAAUAAUAUAAGAAAACAAGGCUUAUCUUCUUUAUCUUCAAGCCCUCGCUUAGGUAUUGGUUGUCUGGGAGGAACGAUAGAUUUGUCAGAGCCUAUAACUAAAAAACAAAUUAAUACAGCUAAAAAUAAUGCUGUUAAAUGGGUCAAAGAAAAUGGAAAAAUUAAAGCUAAAGAUCCUAACAAAGUACGUUUAACCAAAGAAGAGAAACUAGAGAAAGGAAAAAAACGACCAAGAGAGUCAGAAAAUGAUGAAAAACAGGAAAUAAAGAGAUUACAUGUCGUGUCAGAUAAAUUUAAGGAAGUGAUGCAAGCUAAAUCUACUCAUACUGAUCUCAUUGAAAAAUCUUAUGAGCAAGAACAAGACAAAUAUUUUAGCAAACUAGAAAUGAAAGAAAGAAUGGAAGAGAAAAUGUUAACUACUUAUAAGGUCCCUUGUAAAGCUGUUAAAUGCAUAACUUGUAAAUAUACAGCAUUUUCUGCUUCUGACAUGUGUAAAGAACAAAAUCAUCCAUUGCGUGUUGCUGAUGCAGUGAAGAGAUUCUUCAAAUGUGGAGAUUGUGGAAACAGAACAGUGAGUUUGGACAGAAUACCUUCGCAUAGUUGUAUAAAAUGCAGCAGUUCAAAUUGGACAAAAGCUGCAAUGAUGGAUGAGAGAAAAACAAAUAUUUCCGUCACUGCGUUAUCUAUUCGUGGAGAUGAAGAAACUUUCAUAGGAUCAAUGACUAAAGAUGCCAAUCUUAAUCUCUUGGUACCAGAUAAAGAUGACAAGUAG